AAGAUGAAUAGAAUCCAGGUUGGAUUCUAUGCAUUCUUUUUCUUAUUUUAAAAGAAAUGAAAACUUUUUGUGGGCCCCUAAAAGUGUGAUGGGUAGUGUCUUAGCUAUGAGUAGUGUCUUAGCUAUGUCUUAGCUAUGUGUCUUAGCUAUGCCCCAUAGAUAUGUCCCUUCCGGGUCCAGGACACCUGAAAGGUUAGGACCCCUGCAAAUUCUAAAACGUCAUGUUAGCAGCUUCAAGAUAUGCUGUCUUGGCCUUGCAGACACGGCUGCCCAGAGGCGUCCUGUGCCCAGCCCUGGUCAACCCCACCGUGUUCUUCGACAUCGCUGUGCAGGGCGAGCCCUUGGGGCGCAUCUCCUUCGAGCUGUUUGCAGACAAAGUCCCAAAGACGGCAGAAAACUUUCGUGCUCUGAGCACUGGGGAGAAAGGAUUUGGUUAUAAAGGCUCCUGCUUUCACAGAAUUAUUCCGGGAUUCAUGUGCCAGGGUGGCGACUUCACGCGCCACAAUGGCACAGGCGGCAAGUCCAUCUACGGGGAGAAAUUUAAUGAUGAGAAUUUCAUCCUGAAGCACACAGGUCCUGGCAUCUUGUCCAUGGCAAAUGCUGGACCCAACACAAACGGUUCCCAGUUUUUCAUCUGCACGGCCAAGACCUCGUGGCUGGAUGGCAAGCACGUGGUCUUCGGCCAGGUGAAGGACGGCAUGGAUGUCCUGACUGCCAUGGAGCGCUUCGGGUCCAGGAACGGCAGGACCAGCCGGAAGAUCACCAUCACUGCCUGUGGACAGCUCUCAUGAACGUGACUUUUGCUUUAUCGUAACCACCUGACCAUUCCUUCUGUAGCACGGGAUAGCACCCUUUCACCCCCGUCUGCUUGGAAUGUUCUGCCAUCCUCGCGCUCUUGCCCGGCUCGUCAUUUCCAUGUUUUCCUUACCCCUUCCAAGUUCAGCAGGAUUGUGGAGUCAAGUUUAUGGUUGUAAAAUAAAAACUAAACAAAAAAAAGACAUGCUAUCUUGCUUCCCCUCAUCCCACCACACGGGUUCCCCAAAACAACUCCUGGAUUCCCAUUCCUCGCAAUUUGGGGGCGCCCCUGGGCCCACCCCCCAUUUUCCCAGCCCCUGUUCUAUUUCCUGGAUAGCACUGAUCACUAACGGAGAUGCUCUGAUUUUAAAUUGCGGUUCUUUUCUCACUAGAUUGUGUCCCCCCCACCCCGCCGGCCUAGGGCAGGGCCUUGUCCCUUUUGACCCCCGUCGAGGUUCCCAGAGCGCCUACCACAAGUGUCCAAACUGAAGCGGGGAAGCGUGCGGAGCGGAGCAGGGAGGCGCUGCGGGACCU